AUGUCCGACGUGGAAAUGAUUCAACCUCCAUACUGGUUGACGAAUCAGGCUAUUGAAUUGAUCAGCAUGGAUGACUACCAAGUUCUUCAGAAAGAGUUCAUGGAGGCUCUCUCAGAGGAGGAAAUGAAGGACAAGCUGCCAUUCCCUCUCCACCCCAUCUUGCAGGAGGGAUGGGAGAGGAUGACGUUUUGGUUCUGUCUAGCCCUGAGUAGUCCCACGGCAUUGUUCAAGAUAUUUUACGAUCAUAUUCAACCGAGGUUCUCUAAAGCUCACGAGGAUCCAGCUUUCUGGCGAAUCACUAUGCCUUACUGGACAUUCAAUGCCUUUCAGGUUAUUAAACACAGAGUCAAGGAUAAGGAGCAAUACGAUGCCUCUUUGCAUGAAGCAUUCGAAUCUGGAAGUUCACAUGGCUAG